UUUCGACAUCCCCACAAACCGCGUUUUCCAAUGACUUUCCUCACUCCUCACUCUUCAUUUCCUUUUUCUUUCUAUAUUUUUCCUUCCUACUAAAUUAAAUUCCAAACCAAACUAAAAUCAAUGUCUCACACACACUUUUUAUUUUCCCCCAAAUCCAACAUUUUUUCUUUCUCUUCAUCCUAAACCCAAAAACAUAUACGAAAUAAAAGAAAAACAAAUAAACAAAUGGCUGAAAAUGGCGAAGAAAAAUGGUUAGCUGUGGCGCGGCACAUAGCCAAGACGUUGGGCCGGAACGACACCAUGGCGGAUGAUAUUUUGCAGAUAUUUUCCAACUUCGACGGAAGGUUUUCUCGCGAGAAAUUGUCUGAGAAGAUCGGCGAUGACGAUUCCAGUGCCUGCGCCGCGCUCGAACACGUCCUCAAGUCUCUUGAGCGCCAGAUCUCUCAGUAUGUCGCUGCCGAUCAUCCCAUCUGGGUCGACUCCGCUGACUCCUCCGCCUUCCUCGAAGCCGUGGACGAGCUCAUCGCUACCGUUAGGGACUGGACUCCCAUGGCUGGGGACAAGGCCAUUGCCGCGUGCCUUUUACGCGCUGAUGAUCUGGUGCAGCAGUCUAUGUUUAGGAUUGAGGACGAGUUUAGGUCGCUGAUGGAGCGCGGCGGUGAGUCGCUUGAGUUGAGUCGUGGGUACGGGAACGGUGAGUCGGCCGGGAACUUGUCGUGUGAUUCGGAGGACGAAGAGGAGGAAGAUGCGGAUGUCGGUGUUAAUGGCGAUGACCACCAGAUUCCUACUGCCAAGCCGAUCGGAGACUAUGAUAUCGUUAUUGACGCGCUGCCGUCGGGGAUUAUUAGCGAUCUCCAGGAGAUGGCAAAGCGGAUGGUGGCAGCUGGGUUUGGGAAGGAAUGUUCGCACGUGUACAGUAGUUGCCGGAGAGAGUUUCUGGAGGAGAGUCUGUCUAGGUUAGGGUUAAAGAAGUUGAGCAUCGAAGAUGUUCACAAGAUGCCAUGGCAGGACCUCGAGGACGAAAUUGAACGGUGGAUAAAGGCCGCAAACGUCUCGCUUCGGAUUCUGUUUCCGAGCGAGCGUCGUUUAUGCGAUCGAGUCUUCUUCGGAUUUUCAUCGGCCGCUGACCUCUCGUUCAUGGAGGUUUGCCGGGGAUCCACGAUUAAGCUACUGAACUUUGCAGAUGCAGUAGCUAUUGGAUCUCGGUCGCCGGAGCGCCUCUUCAAAAUUCUAGACGUGUUCGAGACGAUGAGAGACUUACUGCCGGAGUUUGAAUCUGUAUUCUCUGAUCAGUACUGUUUGUUUCUCAGGAACGAGGCGGUCACAAUAUGGAAAAGGUUAGGGGAAGCAAUUAGAGGAAUUUUUAUGGAGUUGGAGAAUUUGAUAAGUCGUGACCCAGCAAAAGUUCCGGUUCCCGGCGGCGGACUUCACCCUAUUACUCGCUACGUGAUGAAUUAUCUCCGUGCGGCGUGUCGAUCGCGCCAGUCUCUCGAGCAAGUGUUCGAGGAGAACGCAACGGCGGUUCCUCCUGUCUCGAAGCUGGAAGACCGAGCUUCAUCAUCGUCACUUUCAGUCCAAAUGGCUUGGAUUAUGGAACUUUUGGAGAGCAAUCUAGAAGCCAAGUCGAAGAUUUACAAGGACCCGGCUUUGUGCUCUGUGUUUAUGAUGAACAACGGAAGAUACAUUGUUCAGAAGGUGAGAGAUAGUGAAUUGGGUUCGCUUUUAGGCGAUGAUUGGAUUCGAAAGCACACUGCAAAAGUUCGACAAUUCCAUACGAAUUACCAGCGAAGCUCAUGGAAUAAGGUUUUGGGUUUGCUUAAGAUGGACACUACAGUGGCUCCUAAUGUUGCUGCAAGGUCCAUGAAAGAAAAGCUUAAGCUAUUCAACCAGAACUUUGAAGAGAUUUGUAAGAACCAAUAUACAUGGAUCAUCUUCGACGAGCAGUUAAAAGAGGAGUUGAAAAUUUCAAUCACUAAACUUCUGUUGCCACCUUACCAAAGCUUCAUUGGGAGGUUUCAGAAUGUUCCUGAAAUUGGGAGAAACGCAGAGAGGCAUAUUAAGUAUGAUGUCGAAGAUUUAGAGGGGCGAAUUAAUGAUUUAUUCCGGGGAAGUGGAGGAUCAAACGGUGGUCGGAAGUAAGAGGUAUUGGGCAAGGUACUUGUAAGUAGCUUCGCUGGGGUGUAUGCUGUCCCAGAACAAGUACUUUGAAGCCUCAUGACACGUUGGUGUUAGCACAUUACAGGUAGGCCCCGCUUCUAUAAGUCCAGUUCCACAGCACCCUCUUUUUGUCUCUACAAAACCUGUGAAUAAAUGGUCCCACACAAAACCAUUAGAUUUGGUUGCCCUCAUAAAAUUCCACCCUUCUUCUUUUUCUUGAUCUUAAUAUAUUACUUACCAUACUUCUCUGGAUAAUUGAUCAAAUCAAGCAAUGGUUCAUAUACAUCAACAUAGACAACUUUAGUCCCGGGAAGCUUGGCUUGUGUUUUUGCUAGUACCCUUUCAAGCUUAUGAUUGUACACUUUUGCCCCCAUAUUCUGAUCCUCUACACAGCUUCGGUUCCUCCAAAACUGUAUACUCCUUUGAAUUGGAAGACACCCAAUUGGUGGAAGCCCAGAUACUGCUAUUCUACGGCAUCCAUUAUCAUAGAGCUCCUAAUUAUAUUGCACAAAACAUAAUUAAUUGAACAUCAAUUACUUCAUUUGUUCAUAUGUACAUUUGAAUACUCGGCAAGAUUUGUUUGAUACAUGUAACGUUGUAGAAGAAAAACUUACCUCAAUAUAACUCACCAAUCUCUUUUGAACAAAAUCUUGGUAUCCACUUAUGUUGAACUCUAAUUUCCUUGUGGGAAUGUCGAAGAAGUUAAAAACGAAGUCAUUAGUGCCAGCAGCGACUAUAACAAGAGCUCUAUUAACUAUCUUUUUGGCUUGCUUUUCCCCUACAAUCCUCUCAAGUCUUGCCAAGUACUUCUUAAAGUAAUGAACUUGCUUUGAAAACGGGAUGACCCCGGAUGCAACAGUGGUCAAUUCGUCAAAUCCAGAUGCGGCAGAAGCGAAACUGACGCCGGUUAAGAUGUCCUUAUCUGAUAGUUUUGGAUGAAGAAAAGGAGGGACAGUGUCUUUGAUCUUUAUCAUGGAUGCAAUGAGGUCAGGAGCUAGUUUUCCAUUAGAGAACCUUCCUGUAGGAACAUGACCCUUGAAAUCUUUGCCAUAAGGGUAAUGGUUGCCCUUGAACAAAGUGUGGAUGUAGUUGUUGUUGCCUGUAUCAACAGUUGAAUCACCAAAUAUUAGAAUGGCUGGGAAUUCUGGUGAAGAUCUAGGCCUGGAGGCACUGCAUGAGUUGGUAAUGAUAGCCAAAAAGUUCACCAAUAUUAUGAGGAAGAAGGUGGUGGCAGGUGGCAUUGUUUAAUCUUAUUUUCACUCCUAUUAUACUUAAUGUGUGUGUAAUUGGUAUUUAUAUAGUAUAUUUUUGUGCAUCUUUGACUUGGAGGAGAGCCAAUUUGAAACGUGACAUAGGAGUCAAGUAUUUUUUUUUCCUUUCUUAAUAUAUGAGAAAGGACAAAUAUGCCUUUGUUUUUUCUCAUAUCAAAUUGCUGAAAUUCUCUCUAUUUUGGUAUAUUCACUUAUUUAUUAUUUGCCA